AGUUCAGCAGUCAUGGAUAGUAACUUCGGUGCGAAAAUCGACGACACAACUUUCACACCUUAAAACAACAACAUACUCUUAAUCCACGGCUUGAUGGCUACUCAUUAAAAAUGGCUGCUGUUUGAUAAAAAAAAAACGAUUUUCUAGAACAACGUAAUGGGAACCAACUCUUCAAUUCCUGAACGAGCUCAUGCGGCCUCGCGGUCUGCGUUUGCUCGGAUAUCAUCAAAUGCGUAUGUUGUCUCAGAUAGUGAAUUGAGUGCAAAGGAAAAGAAGAAAAAGGCAUCAAAAUUUGCAACGUUGCGGAAAAAGUUAUCAAGAGUGCGUCGACACAGCCGUUCCUUGGAUUAUGGGAAAUCGUUAAAGGAAUUAUUGUCCACCUGGAAUGUUCGCGAUAUUAGUUCUCUAGUUCGCGAAUAUGACGCAAUGGCAGCGUUAAAAGAAUUGGCAAUCUCGGCCAAUAUGGCGAGACCAAUCGCCAACUCGUUACGACAAGACUUAUCAAAUUUGUUUGAUUUUAAAUUUUGCACGGACGUAGAUCUCAUUUAUAAAGGGGCGUGUUUCCCAGCUCACAGAUCUAUCCUAGCGGUGCGGAGCCCUUUCUUUAAAAACCUCUUGUCUCAUUAUCCGGAUUACGGCUGUCGAGUUCCUGUCAAGUUAAAAACGCCCGGAGUAGAUGUGCAAUUGUUUUCAACCAUUUUGAGAUUUUUAUACACAGACGAGUUAAAUACUCAAGAACUUACUAGCGAAGGAAGUGAGAUUUUAUCCAGAUUAGCGGAAGAAUUUGGAACCCCGAACCCCUUAGGACAUGACAUGAAAACAUUAUUAGAAAACGGAGAACUGAAUGACGCUGUUUUAGUAUUUUCAUCAGACAACGAACAUGUGGAUCCGUUAGCUGCUGUUGCUGAUCACGCUCAGAGUAUGCACGCGGGCAGUCGACUUACAAAACUUGAAAUCCCAUGUCAUAAAGCAAUUCUUGCCGCACGUUCGCCUUUCUUUAGAAACUUAAUAAUACGACGGGCUCGUUCUGGAGAAGAGAUUACUGAGCGUGCUCUUAGAGCACCGUCUCGUAUUGUGUUAGAUGAAGGUGUAAUAUCUAGACGAUAUGCGCGUGUGUUAUUAAACGCUAUAUAUCAGGAUUGUAUAGAUUUAUCGUGUAUUGUACGGGGUAGUUCGAGCAUGUGUAGUCUUAGUGAGAUUCAAGCUAUGGUUGCUAGCGGUAAAUAUCAUAUGACUUUAUGUGAUGAGGCUAUGGAAGUGUUUCAAAUAGGGCAAUUUCUCGAUUUUCCUGUCUUGUCUCAAGGAUGUGAAGAUAUUAUCGUAGAGAGUAUAACCACAGAUAACCUGGUAUCUAUUUUAACGUGGAGUUCCGAACCACAUGGUUCCGUCUGGGUACAUCGACAAGCAUUACAUUAUUUAACGGAGGAAUAUCUACAUAUAGCUCACUGUCCAGUUCUAACUGAAUUAUCAAAACCUUAUUUAAUAGAAGCACUUACUUCAGACUUUUUACAGUCUGGAGAAUUAGACGUACUUACAUCCGUAUUAAAAUGGGGUGAACAUCAACUUGUUAAACGUAUAGAAGAAAGAGAGCCAAAUCUACUUAGUCAUACAGCUCACAGUGUGAGUAAAAAAGGCGUAAAAAAACGAGAUUUAAACGAUGUAGAACUACGGGAAAUACUAGCAGACCUUUUACCAUUGGUUAGAAUGGAUCAUGUGAUACCCUAUAAUAACGAUAUAUUAAAUAACGCUAUUAAAAGGGGUUUGGUUAGUACGCCUCCCUCUCACAUGUUAGGAGACGAUAUACCGACCAAUAGAACAUGUGCUUGGAUUCGAGGUAGAAAUAACGGUAUAUUUGUUCGACCACGGCUGUUUACACCAUACUACGAAGAAGCAAAGGCUAUAUUAGAAGAACAACUAUCACAGGCCCAAGAACUGGAUACAAGUAGAGUUAGAAUGAUUCACAUGUCAGCCAUACCAGAUACAUUAUAUAUGAUUGAAGAUCGACCUUUCUCAUUGCCUUAUCCUACAACACCAGCUUCACCUGUUGAUAUUAUAGCAGGUACAAUACCAGUGCCUGACCGAAGUACAAUGAUAUUGAUGAUGCACCGAGAACAAGAAUUACGCAAAAGUAAACUUGCUCAGAGAGCGUGUUCGUUACCAUGUUCCGAUAAACGGAUGGUUACGUUUAAUAUACAAUUAAAAGUUGUCCGUGAGUUCGGUUUACCUGAUAGUACGGUGGAAGUAUUACAGAAUAGUCAGUACUAUUAUCCACAGAACACUCAAUAUAUUCAACAUCGUUAUUAUCAUCAUCAUCAUCACCAUCAUCAUCAGCAGCGUCAUCAUUCACCGAUACGUGUCAAACAUAGUCCUACUUCCUCACUAUCACCGUCUACUUCAUAUAGUCCAGGGGAGAAUGAAGGAAGUAGUGAUAGUGUUUUAAGUGACGUUAUGCCUGAUAUUGCCAUGGCAACCUCAUCAUUAAGUCAAGCUCACUUACAUGAAGAUCUUGAGCUGGAUAUUGGUGACGGUGGCAGUCGCCAUGGUACCCUAUAUAUUUAAACUUCCUUUUUUUGUCAGUUGUCUCCCUUCUUCUCCUUAUAAGGGCAACAAGCGCCCUGAUUCGGUGCCUGGCUAUCCGAAACAAAGACCAAGUGCAAUUUGUUGUACAUAAGAAAACUAGAAUUAUUUAUGUUUUUUUUUAUGUUUAUGUAAAUGUUGUUUAUACAUCUUCAAAAAAUCAAAUUUGGUCACAAACAUCCUAUACCUUGACUACAUUAGCUGCCGCCACAUACAUCCUAUACCUUGACUACAUUAGCUGUCACAUACAUCCUAUAACUUGACUGCAUUAGCCGCCAUAUACAUCCUAUACCUUGACUACAUUAGCUGUCACAUACAUCAUAUACCUUGACUGCAUUAGCUGCCACAAACAUCCUAUACCUUGACUACAUUAGCUUCCGCCACAUACAUCCUAUACCUUGACUAUAUUAGCCGUCUUAUUCGCCAUAAAUAUUAUCUGUAUUGCUUACACAAUCCAGUGUCAGUGGUGCCUGACAUGGAUAGCUGUCUAGUUGUUCAGAUGGGUCAAAAACUGUGGUACCAUGUACACAUUGGCAUGCAUGUAAAAGAACCUUUAACAGUUGGAAUUCGAUAUAUAUGCCCGUCUUCAUAAGCCCAGUCAGUGCAGGAAAGUAGGACAUUAAACCCAUUUCAUUUUGCUUUUUGGAAUAUUCAAAUUCAAACUAACAUUUAGUUUCAUCUAGUGGAUGUUUGAUCUGUUAUUUGUCUUCUAUGAAAUAUUUACUUUGUAUAUAUUUGAUAUAGAUGGAAGGAUCUCAUAUGAAUGUUGCCAGAAAUAUACAAAUUGAAAUCAGCUAGUAUUGAAAAUUAAACAUAGAAAAAUAUGUUGAAUUGAAAAUACUAAGACCUUCAAGAAACGGGAAAAUGUAAGCAGUCCAAAAAUUGUCAAUUUUUAAAUCGAAUAUUCAAAUAGUAAAAUCAUCAUUGAAUGUGACCAUUAUUUUACACAUCGCACCAACCAUAGUGUUAAAGCGAGAAUUUCAUAUUUUCUAAGAAAGUCAAAACAUAAUUAUUUCUAUGUCUUUUGCUUAAUAGGUUAUCAACUCACUAUUAUACGACCAUGGGCAUUAUUUCCCACCCUUAAAAAUCAUUGACACAGGAAAUGAUAACAAAAUUACCUCCCUUGUUUUCCUAUUGUCUCCAUGCAUCAGCUAACUUCAAACAUUGGAAUUUGAAGUUGAAAAUGAUUUUUUUUCCAAUUUCUCAGCUGGCAAUAGCGAAUUAUAGGAUUAAUAGGAUUAUUCUUUAACAAGGUAGGACUUUUUAUGGAUACCAUUUAUUUUAAGGCUUUAUUUUAAUAAAUUUUAAAAAUAUAACAUAAAAAUAUGAAAUUGCAGCUUUAAAGUCAUCCUGCAAGAAUUUCAUUCAGCCAUUAUAUUUCAAAAUUAGAAGACAUCCUAUUGAUUCUGGUCAACAAAAGUUAAUUAAGCAUGCACUACCAGUCCUAUUUUGAUAUCCAGUUUAUUUUAAUAGAUCUUAUAUAAUCCCCAUUAUGAUAAAUUCAGCUAAUGUAGUCAAGGUAUGUGUCAUAAUACUGUUAACCCUUGAGCAACUGGACCCUACCUCUCUAAUCCUCCAUAAACCUGUGUCGCAUGUAAUUAUGAACCGAUGAAUGUUUUAGGCCAUCGAAUUUGGGCCCUGAAUUAAUUGGGCCCAAGGCGAUUUGGUCCCCCGGGCGAAUAUGGACAGCGGGCAAGGCUGGGUAUCCUGAUAGUAUUAUAAUGUGACUGGGGAGCAGUAGUUUCAGACAGAUUCUAAAUGAGCUACAAAAAUCACUUUUCUCUCACUUUAUUCAGGGAAUUGGGGGUAGUCAGUAUUUAGAUGUACAGGGUCCUAAAGGGUUAAUGUCAAGUCUGUAUUUGAAUGUACAGGGUGCGAAAGGCUUAAUAUCGAGCCUGUAUUUAAAAUUAUUAUUAGUGUUGUCAACAUUACAGCUUUCGAUAUGUGAAAAAAAAAUUGUUUGUAUAAUAGAUAGUCGUGUAGAGUUUCUCAGAGCAGCAUUUAAUAAUUGUAAAUAAUCCGCUAAAAUUUUCUAUUAAAUAUUCUUAUGAGAUACCUCUUCAUGAAUUUUUUAGGAUAAUUUUUAAGAGUAAAUUUAGAUAUAAGUGCUCUUACGAUCUGAUUUUCUGA